CUCGGCCCGUAUUCAAACUUUAGUACGCGUUUAAAUUGUGUGAAAAUGGAUUGUUUAUUUAUUGUGUCUUCCAUCGUGAUUGCUUUAAUAACAUUUGUCUAUUUAACUUUCAAAUGGAAAUAUUUAUACUGGAAAAAUCGCGGUAUGCAGUAUUUGGAACCUUCCUUUCCGUUGGGAAAUAUUCCUUUCAAAAAGAUACACUUCACGCAGUUCUCCGUUGACGCUUUAAAAUUGAAAGAGACAAGUCCACUUAUCGGAGCAUACUUAGUUACUAAACCAGUGGCAGUACCGCUUAAGGUGGAUCUUAUUCAAAAUAUUUUAGUGAAAGAUUUUAGCAGUUUUCAUGAUCGUGGAGUGUAUGUGAACGAGGUUGAUGAUCCCUUGUCCGCUCAUAUGUUUAAUUUGGACGGUGAAAGGUGGAAAACCGUCCGAACAAAACUUUCUCCAACGUUUACUUCUGGGAAAAUGAAGUUUAUGUUUUCAACUGUGGUCGAAGUCGCUGAGCGUUUCAAUCAUACCUUGGCGGGCCUUAUUAAAAUAAAAUCUGAGAUAGAGUUAGUAGAUUUGCUUGAAAGAUUUACAACUGAUGUGAUUGGAUCUUGUGCUUUCGGAAUCGAAUGUAAUAGCUUAAAGGAUCCUAAUUUCAUUUUCCGUCACUAUGGACAAAAGGUCACCGAGGUUCCUCUACUGAGGCACCUUUUUGUCUCAGCUUUUCCGAACUUUGCACGAAAGAUACAUAUGAGAGUUAUAGAUAAGGACAUUGCAGAUUUUUUCAUAGAAACAGUCCGUAAGACCAUUGACUAUCGUGAGAAAAAUAAUGUGCGAAGAAAUGAUUUUAUGGAUUUGCUGAUUGAAAUUAAUAAAGAUUCUAACGAGAAUAGCGAAGGUGUUGGGAUAUCUAAGAAACUGAGUAUAGAAGACAUGGCCGCCCAAGCUUUCUUGUUUUUUGUCGCCGGUUUCGAAACGUCUUCUGCGACUAUGGUAUUCUGUUUGUAUGAAUUGGCCUUAAAUUCAGAUAUUCAGGAGAAAUGUAGACAAGAGAUCGAUGAUGUUUUGAAGAAAUACGAUGAAAAUUUGACUUACGAAGCAAUUGAAGAGAUGACAUACCUCGACCAGACAAUAAAAGAGACACUUCGCAAAUAUCCACCAAUCGGAUUUUUGAUCAGAAAAGCUGUCCGUGACUAUCCUGUUCCAAACACGAAAGUAGUGAUUGAAAAGGGAAUGGAAGUAUACAUUCCACUUUAUGGAAUUCAUCAUGAUCCAGAAAUAUAUCCGAAUCCCGAAAAAUUCAAUCCAGAUCGAUUUUUGCCGGAAGAAAUGAAAAAUCGCAGUCCUGGGUCAUUUUUAGCAUUUGGUGAUGGUCCGAGGAAUUGUGUAGGGCAGCGUUUCGCGAAAAUGCAAACCAGAAUUGGUUUAGUAACUUUGUUGAAAAAUUAUAGAUUCAGAACUUGUGUGAAAACGCCUGUUCCAAUGGUUAUCGAACCAUUCAGAGGAAUACUUUCCCCGAAGGGUUCUAAAUUGUUCCUGGAGGUUGAAAAGGUGUAAAAAGACCGUAUUCAGGGAAUAUAUGUAAUUUCUAUUUUGUUAGUUUUGUUAAUUUCAAGACGUAAUUUAAU